UGUGGCGUGCGGAGCGGGGGCUCGGGGGAGUGGGAGCGGGAGCGUUGUGGCACCGCGGCUCUGCGCGCAGCGUGCACGUCCCUCCUCGGGAGCGGGCCCCGUGCCUUCCCCCCGGCAGCUGCCGCGGUAGCGCUCCCACAAACGCUCCGACGCAGGGCGGCGUGCUGCUGCAGCUCUUGUUUGCGGGCAGAAAUCUGUUUUAAGAGCGCCUGGGCGAGCGGAGUUGUUCCACAUGGACGUGUCAGUGACGUGUGUGGGUACGAGGUGACCGUACCGCUCGCCCUGCUGCUGCACGCCAGCGUAUGUUUCCCACAGCCAAAACGUCUCCAGAAUGCCUCCGGGAUUCCCUCCGUUUGUGUCAAAGUCGCUGUAUUUUUUCAUGGGGAAUCUUGUUUUUUGUAUUUUCUGUGGAAAGAAAGCACCACGUAAGCUCUGAGAAGCACGAGGGCCGCUCAGAGCGGUGCAUUGAGCUCGCCGUCCUUGGAAGAGCAGUGUGAUGGAUGUCCUGCGACCCACCCUGGUCAGGAUCGGUGGGCGAGUGUACAGGAAGAACAUCAUUCACGAGCAGGUCCAGCAGCAAGAGGAGGAGGAGAACUUCUACACAGGGCCCAGUGACUGUGCGGACGAACCAUGCGAUGCCUUUGUGGUGGAAGAGACUGAUAAAGGCUUCCAGUGCAGAGUGGAGGUUCCCAGCCCCUUAUACAAGUGAGCCUAUGGGGUUCUGGUUUCUGUACAUAAUAGGGAAGAAAGGAGAAACCAAGAAGAGAAUAGAAACAGAGACUCGAACCUCAAUCAGCAUUCCCAAGCCUGGAUUGGAAGGAGAAAUUGUGAUUACAGGACAGCAGCGCGGCGGUGUCAUCUCGGCCCGGACGCGCAUCGAUGUUCUUCUCGACAGCUUCCGUAAGAAGCAGCCCUUCACGCACUUCCUGUCCUUUGCCCUCAACCAGCCCGUCGUCCAGGAGAAGUUCCUGCAGUUCAAGGAGGAGGUGCUGGAGAAAUGCUCACAGGAUCACGGGGUCAGCAGCAGCCUGUUCCAGAACCCUGCAAAGCUCCACCUGACUCUGGGGACGCUGGUGCUGCUGAACGAACAGGAGAUCCAGAGAGCGUGUGACCUCCUGCAGCAGUGCAAAGAGGACUUUGUGGACCAAAUUACGGGAGGCAAACCCCUGAGUGUGGAGGUGGCCGGGGUGGAGUACAUGAACGAUGACCCUGCCAUGAUGGAUGUCCUUUACGCCAAAGUCCACAUGAAGGAUGGCUCAGACAAGCUGCAAGUGAUUGCUGAUCAGCUGGUGGAGAAGUUCGUGGCCUCUGGUCUGAUGCUUAGGGAAUGGGAUAGGGUGAAACUGCACGCUACUGUCAUGAACACGCUCUUCAGGAAAGACCCAAGUGGUGCUGAAGAGCGAAGCAGCACAGUGUCUGGUAAAUCAUCCUUCAAGGAGCGGGAGUCGUUUAAUGGGCGAAACAUCCUCAAGCUCUUCGAGAACUUCUCCUUCGGUGAGGUGCAGCUGGACGCGGUGCUGCUCUCCCAGCGCUACUCCUCGGAUGCCUCCGGGUACUACGGCACAGCGGGUCGGCUGCUGCUGCACUGACCGAGGGCUGGUGGCAGGGCCCCUGUGGGCUCUUUGCCACACGACUGAUGGAGAACAGCGGCUACGCGCGGCUCAGGGGGACCUUCUGCCUUGUAGCACAGCCAUGCUGCCGGGGGGAGCCUGGGGCUUAGCGGGGCUGUGGGAUCCCCCCACACCACUGGGCUGCAGUGAGGGCUCAUCAGCAGCGUGCCUGCUCGGUGUCGGCCUGCAAAUAAAGGCGUUCCGUUCACAGGCAA